GCCAUUUUCAAGAAGAGCAUAAGUGGACCGUGGAUCACUUUUAGUGAGUAUCCAGCAGCUGAGUUGGAGACCAUGAUUGCUCGUUUCAAGGAGUCGGGAUUGCUUGCAACCUCCCGGAGGAAGAGAUGAAUGCUCAACUCAAGGAACACAUCAAAAGAAAUUUCCCGCAGUUGAUGUCCGCAUUCCGCAAUCCUGUGUUCAAUGCAAAUGGUCAGACCCUAGCUGGGUGGUAAGACCUUCUACUUUUAUCCUAUGUCGAGUAGUUUAUUGUGCUAUAUAAAUCAGCAACUUAGUUGUGCUUCUGCUUUUUCCAAACCUGCAGGAUACAAGUGACAAGAACAAGAAGAACCGUAAGAAGUGUGAGCUGAAGUCAACUUGUGGCUCUGCUCCCUUAGCAAAGUACAGAUUGGAAGAGAUCAAGAAGACGGGCAGAGAACCUGAUCCUAUUGAGACUUUCAGGAAGUUUCAUUCAACAAAGGAUAAUUUCACCACUCCCAAGGCUCAGGCUCUACAUGUGGUAGGCCAGCAGCGAAGGAAGCGAGUGCUUGGGAUGGGCUUGGGGUCAUGGCAUGUAUGUGUUUGGCUCUACUUCAAGCCAAGGCUGCAGCAAAAAAUGCAAAGGGAUCAAAGGAUAGAGAAGGAGAAGAGCGAUGAGAAGAUGAGAAUGAUGGAAGAACAGAUCGAGCAGGUGAACUGUAAUAUGCCUCUGGUUGUUGAGGCGACGCUGAAGAGGCUUGGAAUCCAGCUGCCAGAGUCGUCCAAUAUCUUAGCAUCGCUCGUUUAA